AUGUUCCCCUUUCCUUUCUCUUUUCAUUUUGGGGGAAAUACCAACCAGAGGCGUCGCCAUUGGGGGCGUAGCCAGCGGGGUCUGUCUCCAGCGGGGUCUGUGUCCAGCGGGGUCCGUCUCCAGCGGGGUCCGUGUCCAGCAGGGGACGUGUCCAGCGGGGGCGUAUCCAGCGGGGUCCGUGUCCAGCGGGGUCCGUGUCCAGCGGGGUCCGUGUCCAGCGGGGGACGUGUCCAGCGGGGGCGUAUCCAGCGGGGUCCGUCUCCAGCGGGGGACGUGUCCAGCGGGGGCGUAUCCAGCGGGGUCCGUGUCCAGCGGGGGACGUGUCCAGCGGGGGCGUAUCCAGCGGGUCCGUGUCCAGUGGGGGCGUAUCCAGCGGGUCCGUGUCCAGUUGGGGCGUAUCCAGCGGGUCUGUGUCCAGCGGGGUCCGUGUCCAGCGGGGGACGUGUCCAGCGGGGGACGUGUCCAGCGGGGGACGUGUCCAGCGGGGGACGUGUCCAGCGGGGGACGUGUCCAGCGGGGGACGUGUCCAGCGGGGGACGUGUCCAGCGGGGGCGUAGCCAGCGGGGUCCGUCUCCAGCGGGGUCCGUGUCCAGCGGGGUCCGUGUCCAGCGGGGUCCGUGUCCAGCGGGGGACGUGUCCAGCGGGGGCGUAUCCAGCGGGGUCCGUGUCCAGCGGGGUCCGUGUCCAGCGGGGUCCGUGUCCAGCGGGGGACGUGUCCAGCAGGGGCGUAUCCAGCGGGGUCCGUCUCCAGCGGGGUCCGUGUCCAGCGGGGGACGUGUCCAGCGGGGGCGUAUCCAGCGGGGUCCGUGUCCAGCGGGGGACGUGUCCAGCGGGGGCGUAUCCAGCGGGUCCGUGUCCAGUGGGGGCGUAUCCAGCGGGUCCGUGUCCAGUUGGGGCGUAUCCAGCGGGUCCGUGUCCAGCGGGGGCGUAUCCAGCGGGGGCGUAUCCAGCGGGGGACGUGUCCAGCGGGGGACGUGUCCAGCGGGGGACGUGUCCAGCGGGGGACGUGUCCAGCGGGGGACGUGUCCAGCGGGGGACGUGUCCAGCGGGUCCGUGUCCAGCGGGGGCGUCGGGGGACGUGUCCAGCGGGGGACGUGUCCAGCGGGGGACGUGUCCAGCGGGGACGUGUCCAGCGGGGACGUGUCCAGCGGGGCCGUGUCCAGCGGGUCCGUGUCCAGUGGGGGCCGUGUCCAGUGGGACGUAUCCAGCGGGGCGUAUCCAGCAGGGGCGUCUCCCCCGAGGUGA